GCGCGUCCACCUGACAGGAAGGGCCUCGCGAGGGUCACGUGACUCCAAAACUGGUACCUGUUUGUCUCGCUGGGCGCUGCUCAUCCUUGGCGCUUGUUGGGGGCUCUGGUGGCUUCGGUGCGCUGCCUCCGCGGGGAGGAGAAAGGCGGACAGCGCGGGGGCCCUCCGGGCCUCCCCUCUGCCUCUCCGAAGGCGGAUGAGGCCGCCGUGACCCUCUGAUUGCCGAGCAGCCCGCCAUGGUGCCCACGGACGGCUGGCAGCAGCAGCAGCAUUCGGAUUCAGAGAGAGAGGAGCUUCUUCCUAGCAAGGCUUGUCAGCCAAGGGCUCAGUCUGUCCACUGGAGAAAUCUACUCGGCUUUUGGCUAUUAGGUCUUUGCAACAAUUUCUCCUAUGUGGUAAUGCUCAGUGCUGCACAUGACAUCCUCAAGCACCAGACAGCACCUGAAAAUAACAGCCACGUGGAUCCAGAGCCAACACCCAUUCCUCACAAUAGUACAUCUCGAUAUGAUUGCAAUGCUGUAUCCACAGCUGCUGUCCUUCUGGCUGACAUUCUGCCUACACUCAUUAUCAAGCUGCUCGCUCCUCUCGGCCUUCACUUGCUGCCCUACAGCCCUCGAGUUAUCCUUUGUGGGGUCUGUGCUGCUGGUAGUUUCCUUCUGGUUGCCUUUUCCCAGGAAGUUAUGACCAGCCUCAGUGGUGUGGUCCUGGCCAGUAUAUCCUCUGGGCUGGGGGAGAUAACCUUUUUAGCCCUUACUGCCUUUUACCCCAGUGAGGUGGUUUCCUGGUGGUCCUCAGGCACUGGUGGGGCAGGGCUACUAGGGGCCCUGUCCUACCUUGGUCUGACCCUGGUGGGUCUUUCCCCUGGAAAUGCACUAAUCUCUAUGCUGGGCAUACCUGUUCUCCUGCUGGCCACUUACUUUCUGCUGCUCAAGUCUCCUGAUUCCUUGGCUUCCCAAAGAGAUGAGGUGUUUGGGUCCUCAACUCAGCAGCCCCUUAUAGCAGGAGAGAACUCAAAACCCUCAGAUCCCAACUUCAAUUUGAGCCUCUCCUUCAGUGACAGGUGGAAUGUCUUCAAGGGUCUCCUGAAAUACAUUGUCCCCUUGGCUCUGGUUUAUUUUGCUGAGUAUUUUAUCAACCAGGGGCUGUUUGAGCUCCUUUUCUUCAGAAACACAUCUUUGAACCAUGCCCAGCAGUACCGAUGGUAUCAGAUGCUGUACCAAGCCGGAGUCUUUGUCUCCCGAUCCUCCCUCCAUUGCUGCCACUUCCGUUUCAUUUGGAUAUUGGCAGUACUUCAGUUCCUGAAUCUGGGCUUCCUAAUGGCUGCAGUGUGGUUCGGUUUCCUUCCCAGCAUCUACCUUGUUUUCUUGAUCAUUUUGUAUGAGGGAUUCUUGGGUGGAGCUGCCUAUGUAAACACCUUCCACAACAUCGCUGUUGAGACUCAGGAUGAGCACCGGGAAUUUGCCAUGGCAACUGCCUGUAUAGCAGAUACUUUGGGGAUCUCUCUGUCUGGGGCCUUGGCCUUGCCUCUGCAUGAUUUCCUGUGCAGGAGUCAUUGAUGACCCAUCUUGGAGCCUUUCCUAUAACCUGGGAACAGAAUCAGCUAGAGGAUAUACUUUCCUGUGGCUUCUGUGGAACCUUCAUCUGGAAUUGGAUGCAAGAGAGACUUAAUGAAUAUGCUUCUUACAAUGGGGCUAAGUGGAUAGUUGAGGGACCUGGAAAAGUGUCCGGGAAAAUCCAUAUAAUUUGUCUUCUACCUCUAAACUGAGUUUUCAACAUCAGGCUGCCAGACAGGUGCUGAAAUUUGACAUUCAUGUCUUCCCAUUAACAACAUAUUUUAUCCAAAUAGCUCACUGUCCUGUUUCUGCCGAAGAAAUGUGUACAAGGCAUAACAAGGGUCAGCAGAUACAUUUGGAAGUUAAAAGAGACAUCUGAAGUUCUGAAUAUGCCCAACUAAGGGAAGCCAAUGAGGGUUAUGCUGCCAUCUAAAAGUUAACAUGGUUUGGGAUGAGGCUUCCACAGCAGGGACUCAAAACAAUCUUUCCUCCCCAAUGAAUAAUAUAAACUUAUUUUUGUUUCCUUAUGGAGAGGGUAUACAAGGUUUCUAGGUACUGUAUAGCAAUGAAUUAUCAAACAACACUCAUCUACCCCCAGUUCUCUCUUUAUUCUUCCUUCUCUACAAUUAACACUAAGGAAUAGUCUUAUUGAUGUGGUUAUUAUACUUCCCUAAUUAAUAAGAUGCAUUAAAAUGCCCAUUAAAAUUGUCUAAGAUGCCACUUUGGACUGUUUUGCCUUUGGGAAAACACCGUAGACACUUUUCAAAAAGUUUUUUUUUCAUAAAAGUAUAACUUUUUUAUUCCUAUUAUUGUCCCAAAGGAAGUAUCUAAAAAUCAAUCUUUAAUUUCUUUUAAUGUAAUACUUGCAUUUGAUUUUUGUUAAGGAUGGAGAUUCCACUAAUAGAUCUUAAGAUUUUUUACAUUUCUCUAGACAGAUUUAGCUGUAGUUAAAAAUGUUGACUCCACAUUGACCAGUCUUCUGUUAAUGAGUUUUUCUUACCUUAGCUCAGUCUUCCAACUCCCAAGUUGAAUACUUGGUUUCUUAUACUGUGUUGAAACACAUUAUCUAUAUAAUGUCUAUACAACAAAUUAUGAUCAAAGGAAGCACGUUAUGUUCUUACUCUUUAUCCACAAACCUUACUUAUAUUGCAAUAUUUAUAUUAUUAUAGAUUGGGGAAGAAAUUUUGAUGAAAUGGAUAUUCUUAUACAAAUUAGAAAUUUUAAACAGAUAAGUCUUAUAUUUAAUUGAUCUUUCUGUGAUUUUAUCCUGGCUAUAAAAAAUUCACCAGGUA